CUAGGCUUAAGGUGACAUUCUAGGCUUAAGGUGGCUGGUGCCUGUUGCAUCACUUACUGUGUUAAAGUUCAGAUUACUGGAGAUUUUUCAACCUGAGAAUAAAGUUCACUCAGGUGCACUGAGCCUCAGGUGUGAGUUAUUUUUUAAACUGUCAAGAGCGAACACUAGGAUUGUUGAUAAUGUUGCGGGCUCUUGCUCCCAUCAUCUCUGUUGCCCCAGUUCGGGCAAUGAUGGAUGAGAGGUUCUCAGUACUGGUGGAGAACCUACCUCCAGCAGCACCAGUGACAGUGCAAUCGCACCAUUACUCAGAUGACCAGGAUGAUUGGGAGGCGUAUGGUCACUACAUUAGUGACCAUAAUGGAACUGUGUCUGUUUCCAAACAUUUGAGUUUUGGGGGCACUUACUCCGGAGUUGAACCUAUGGGUUUGUUGUGGAGCAUGUGUCCGGUGCCAGGAAGCCGCAUGGGCCUCAGGUUAAGAAAGAAGGACGUGUGCACACCCCUGGUGGUCAACAUCUCCGUGUACAGUGGACAUGAUGGCUUUAGGGAUAAAAAGCCUUUGGCGUCGGCCAUAACAGAGCGUUGGUACAUGGCUCCUGGUGUCAAGAGGAUAGAAGUCAACGAGAAUGGAGUGCGAGGGACACUCUUCAUACCUCCAGGUCCUGGACCCUUCCCUGGCAUAUUGGACAUGUGGGGCGGUGGCGGCGGACUUCACGAGUAUCGCGCUGCUCUGUUAGCAUCUCAUGGUUACACUGCUUUGGCACUGGAGUAUUUUAAACCUGGAGAACUGCAGACAGCUAAUCUAAAAUUUCAGUAUUUUGAGAAUGCAUUUCGCAUCAUCCAGGACCAUCCCAAGGUGAAUCCAGACAGUGUAGGAAUUCUGGGUCUUUCUCUUGGCAGCAGUAUUGCUUUGGGUUUGGCAGCGUACAGCAACAUUAUCAAGCCUCGUGCGUGUGUCUGUAUUGGCGCAAAUCACACUAAUGGACUUGAAGUCCAUGAAUCCAAAGAUGGCUUCAUAAACCUGGAGCAGGCCAUCGUAGACGAGAACAACCAUCACAUCUGGAGGAACAUUGGUCUGGCCAUGAUGAGAGACCCCAGCAACCUGGUGGAUGUACAAAGAAUUAACUGUCCUGUGUUGCUGGUCAGUGGUCAGGAUGAUCAGAACUGGCCAUCAGUAGAAAUGGCUGAUGAUAUAACUCAAAAGAUGCAUGAUGUGGGGAAAGCUCACCAGUUGACCAGAAUAGACUAUCCUGAUGCAGGACAUCUCAUCGAACCGCCAUUCUCACCUCACUUCAGAGCCACAAACUUUAUGGUCAAAGAUAAAUACAAAGUCAUUGUCCUGUGGGGCGGACAAACCAAGCCUCACUCAGAUGCUCAGGAGGAUUCCUGGAGGAAGAUACUCGUUUUCUUUCAGCAGCAUCUCUACAGCAUUACCUCUCCCAAAGCAAAACUGUGAUUGAUCAUGUCAGCUGGGCACAGAUUAACCACAGUUACACAACACUUUUAACGACUUGCGUAAUCAUGACUCCUGCACACACAUACAUUACACACUGGGGAUGAGUCCAUACAAAUUUUUCAUAUCCACUACUGAUACUGCAAGUUUGAGUAUCUGCUGAUACCGAUAACAAUCGGGAUGUUUAUAUCAGUUAAGUCGAGCAUUUGGGCUUAGGUAUCGGAUUGGACGGGCUACAGUUGUUUUUUUUUCGAUGUUCAAUCAGGAAAGUUUGACCAAUAUCAGAUCGAUACCAAUACUGUGUAUCGGAUCAAGCCAUCACUGGUACAUACCAUAACACUUUCUUCAGUGACAGCAGCUUUAACUUAUUACUGUGUUAAGUUAGUAUUUAAGCAAGAGUAUUAACUGA